AUGACAGCCAUGGGUAUGCUAGCAACAGCCACAGAGCCAAACGCAACGCCGCUCGCAGCAAUGAGAGAAUUCGUACCUGAAACAGCGGCGCCACAGGCAGGUAUACAAGGAACAGGACCAACUGUGUCACCACGAGCUCCUAGUGAUCUGGUACCCGUUCUUCCUGACAUCUUGUGGUGCGAUGCUGCUGCUGCUGCUGCGCUUCCAGCUGCAGUAGACGCUUCGCUGUUUUCUGCUUGCCUUGACUCCCCCGAAAAGCUCUCAGUGCCGUACAAAACUAGAGUACCGCCCGUGGUGCCUCCGUUAUUGCAGCAUACACAGGACCUUCCUGAUAAGCGGCAGCACCUACAAGCGCUCCAGGCGACGCAUCAGCUGCUGCGGAUACGGGGUGUAGUGACACGUAAGCAGUCUUUGGGCAGGCGGUUGUGUUUCUUUGAUCUCAUGCAACAGCAUACUAAAACAACAGCGGCAGCAGCAGUAACAACGGUCGAUGCAGGAGCGAUUCCGGCAGAGAAAAGGGCAGAUUCUGAUGCAGAAUUCGAAUCAAUUCUACCAGGCAUGGCACUAGCACAUCCACCAGCAGCUGCAGAAGUGUGCCCACCAUCUGUGAAGUACGCUGCAAUCUGCUGCAGCGUUUGCUCGUCGGAUCUCGGGGGGCUGGAUGUACACCGUUGCGUGUCAAGGAAAAUUUGCUUGGGAGAUUUUGUAGAGGCUGUUGGCCUUCUAGAAAGGAAGGCUGACUUAUCCCAUUUGAGCCAAAUCAAGCAACAGCUAGUGACCCGAUCCAUUGGCUUCAAGGUGUUAGCCCUCCGCGCACUUAGAUCAGUGGAACAAGGUGCAGGAGCAGCAGCUGCAGCCGCCGCUGCACAAAGGGUUAAGCUUCAGUCACGCUUGCUGACUCACCGGCCGGAGGCUCCAUCCGCAUCAGCGGAGGCGGGAAUAGGGCAAGCCACAUCAGGAACAGAUGGAGAGGCAGCAGAUGAAAUAACGACAGCACUUAUUUCCAGAAUUUGCAAAAUGUACCUUGUUUCAGGGAGUUGCAGGCGCUUGGCCUGCCCGCUGAUGCACAUCAAGGACGGCAGAAUGAGGAGACACUUCGACAUUUUAAAAGCUCAGCGGCAGGUGCGGAGUGUGCAGCGGCAGCUCCUCCUACCACAGCAGCAUCCCCAAGUGCUACAGCCACCACUGCCUCAUCUUCCCGAUCAUGUGUCUACUGUUCCCUCAUCUUCUGCAAUCACGCUGCAGUGCAGCUCCUGCCCACCCCCUGACUGCCGGCAGCCAGAACAGCAGAUUUAUUCGCCACAACGGAUAUAUCCACGGAGCAUUCGUGGUGCAGUAUUUGCUGAGUGGCUCAUAUCUACUUACGGCGCAGAGCGUCUUAGUAAAGGCUCGGGAGUCAUCGAAGUUGCCGGUGGCAGAGGAGAACUUGCGUUCGAGUUGACAGUAAAAUACAAUGUGCCAGUUACUAUAAUUGACCCGAGGUGCACGUACACCACUAAAAGUUUAGCCGUGCAGCCACAAGAUGCCCGAAAGGAAUGGGAGCAGCUCUCGUGGGGGCUACCCGAGUGCUCCGAGGAGCAAGACGCCACAGCCGGCAUCCCGGGAGUUAGAAGUACAUGUUUUCGUGGGGUCUUGAGUUCCGCUAUGAGUAGCGGGAGCCGGCGGUCUUUAGAGUGCCCCCUUCGCUUGAGCCGUAGACAGGCAAAUUGGAUGUUGCGCGAGAAGGGAUUAAAGCGGAAGGAAGCUCAAGAGUUUUUUGUCAGUUCGGUCGAGACAAUCCCCGCAAUGUUUGAUGGGACCCUUCUCAGCCGUAGUCCCUACGUUCGCGAGAAGCUUUUGAAGGCCUCGGCUAUUGUUGGGCUACACCCGGAUGAAGCGACAGGAGACUUGUUGCAAACGGGACUAAUUGUACGUGAAAUUAGGCACAGAUGGAGCCACAAUGAGAGGAGCAUUACCGACAGCAUGCGCAGCAUCAACAGCAUUGCAAAAACCAUGGAAGAACACGUACAGCAACAGCAGAAACGACAGUCUGAGGAACAGAAACAGCAUGGUGAUGCGUCGGAAGAGCUCCCGGAUGUGGCUCUGGCGGUUGUCCCGUGCUGUGUGUUCUCAGAAAAAUUCCCCCAUCGUCUCGUACCACUUACUGCAGCGGAAGCAGCAAAUGUCUCUCCAGCAGCAGCGGCAGCUGCUGCUGCAGCGGUAUUCGAUACAACAGUUGGUACCGCAUCACUGGAAAAAGAAAUAAAGGAUUCCACUGCAGAGGGCCAACGAGAAGCGCAGGCACACGUGUGUAAUACAGCUGGAAUAGACACAAUAGCAAGUGAAGUUUUGGCUGCACGUGGAGAGACCCCCGCUGUAGACGCUUCCCAGUUGUGUGGGAAUGAUGCAGAGGUUCAGCCGUUUUUGGUAUCACCUUCACAGUCUUGUAGAUCAGGUGUCCAUCUGUUUAUGGCUGAAGCGGAGUCGAGUGGGCAAGUCCGGGUCAGGACUUAUGAAGAGUUGCUACUUUGGCUUCACCUCAGUGACCCACGGCGGCGAUUGCACCAGCAAACGUUGCCGCUUGUAGGCAAGAAUCAGGUCGUUUUUUUACCCCCUUAG